GACCCGCCCCGCGGUGCUGUCGCUCGCGCUGGAAGAAGCGGAAGAAGAUGGCGCUCACCAGCUUUUUACCUGCACCUACUCAGCUAUCUCAGGACCAGCUUGAGGCUGAAGAAAAGGCAAGAUCCCAGAGAUCACGACAGACCUCACUGGUCUCCUCCCGAAGAGAACCUCCCCCGUACGGGUACCGGAAGGGCUGGAUACCUCGGUUAUUAGAGGAUUUUGGAGAUGGAGGUGCUUUUCCAGAGAUCCAUGUGGCCCAGUAUCCGCUGGAUAUGGGGCGAAAGAAAAAAAUGUCAAAUGCACUGGCCAUUCAAGUGGAUGCUGAAGGAAAAAUUAAAUAUGAUGCAAUUGCUCGGCAAGGACAGUCAAAAGACAAGGUCAUUUAUAGCAAGUAUACUGACCUGGUUCCCAAGGAAGUCAUGAAUGCAGAUGACCCAGACCUGCAAAGACCUGAUGAAGAAGCCAUUAAAGAGAUAACAGAAAAGACAAGGGUAGCCUUAGAAAAAUCUGUAUCACAGAAGGUUGCUGCUGCCAUGCCAGUUCGAGCUGCUGAUAAACUGGCUCCAGCUCAGUAUAUUCGAUACACACCAUCUCAACAAGGAGUGGCUUUCAAUUCUGGAGCUAAACAGAGAGUUAUUCGGAUGGUGGAAAUGCAGAAAGACCCAAUGGAGCCUCCAAGGUUCAAAAUCAAUAAGAAGAUCCCCCGAGGACCACCUUCUCCUCCUGCACCUGUCAUGCAUUCUCCUAGCCGAAAGAUGACUGUGAAGGAGCAACAAGAGUGGAAGAUUCCUCCUUGUAUUUCAAACUGGAAAAAUGCAAAGGGGUAUACAAUUCCAUUAGACAAACGUCUAGCUGCUGAUGGAAGAGGCCUUCAGACAGUUCACAUCAAUGAGAACUUUGCCAAGCUGGCCGAAGCCCUCUAUAUUGCUGAUCGGAAGGCUCGUGAAGCUGUAGAAAUGCGUGCUCAAGUAGAGAGAAAGAUGGCUCAAAAAGAAAAGGAGAAACAUGAAGAGAAACUUAGAGAAAUGGCCCAGAAAGCCAGGGAGAGAAGAGCUGGGAUCAAAACCCAUGUGGAAAAAGAGGAUGGGGAGGCACGUGAGAGGGAUGAAAUCCGGCAUGACAGGCGAAAAGAGAGACAGCACGACAGGAACCUUUCCAGGGCAGCUCCUGAUAAGAGGUCGAAACUACAGAGAAAUGAAAAUCGAGAUAUCAGUGAAGUCAUUGCUCUUGGUGUGCCCAAUCCUCGAACGUCCAAUGAAGUUCAGUAUGACCAAAGGCUUUUCAACCAAUCCAAGGGUAUGGACAGUGGUUUUGCAGGUGGAGAAGAUGAAAUUUACAACGUUUAUGAUCAAGCCUGGAGAGGUGGCAAAGAUAUGGCCCAGAAUAUUUAUAGGCCCAGUAAAAAUCUGGACAAGGACAUGUAUGGUGAUGACCUAGAAGCCAGAAUAAAGACCAACAGGUACCUAAGCAGACAGCGCAGUUUCACUGUUGAACCAGUGAAAACGAAAGCAGUUCAUAGUCCUUUCUCUUUUUCCCUAGAUUUGUUCCCGAUAAGGAGUUUUCUGGUUCAGACCGCAGACAAAGAGGCCGAGAAGGACCAGUUCAGUUUGAGGAAGAUCCUUUCGGUUUGGACAAGUUUUUGGAAGAAGCCAAACAGCACGGUGGCUCUAAAAGACCAUCAGAUAGCAGCCGCCCCAAGGAACAUGAGCAUGAAGGCAAGAAGAGGAGAAAGGAGUAGACACACCUCUCUUCAAAGUCAAUGAACUUUUACCCAUAACCCUAAUGAUGCAAGUCAGAUGGGGAAAAACACUUUGUACAUGGCCAGGAUAAAAACCAAAUCUGGGUGUCAGACCCCAGCACUACUUUUUAUUAUGGGAGUCAGGGGGGAGGGGGAAAAUUCUUUGAACUAUUUAGUUUUUUUUAAAGAGUGGGUUGUGUUUGUGCUUCUCCUACCUUUUGGCAUUUAUAGAACAUACUACCCCACACAUGAAAUUAAGACCACUUCUUUUUGUGACAUUAGUACUUUGGGGUUAAUAUUUUGUGUAAGAAUGACUGCUGAUGAAUAAAGUUGCCCCAACCACAGUGAGUAGAAGGAUGUUCACAAAGUGGAACUGUCCUGCCAAGUGACGUUUGCCCCUACUACAUUUUGUUUUAAUUUGGAGUGGGGAAAUUAAGCUCUUGCUUGGUGCAACUAUUUGUUUCAAAUAAAAACAUUUAGACAAAA